CUUAGUAACGCCCAUCAUGAUAUGCAUGAUAUCCCGACUUUCUUGCUCAUCAAGACUUAGUAACACUUGUCACGUCAUUCAGAUACUUUUUCGCUCAUCAAGACGUUCCAAUGUAUUAUAUAGGUAGCAAGGUUGGAAAGCCUCCAACCAUCUCCAUAUCUCUUUCGCAUGUCUCCGCAACAGAAAGCUCUUGUUAUUCCCAAAAAGCAGGGCAACUUUGAGCUCAGCUCCCGCAGCAUACCCAGUCCUGGAGCUGGACAGCUCCUGGUCAAGAUUCAAUCUGCAGCUCUAAACCCGGUUGACUAUAAGAUCAGGGACGCGGGAUUAUUCGUGACCCAUUACCCUGCCGUUGUGGGAACAGAUAUUGCUGGCAUCGUCGAGGAACUAGGGGAAGGUGUUGUCAAUUUCCGCAAAGGCGAUAGAGUAUUGGCGCACGGCAAGUUCACAAAUGACUUUGCUGGAUUUCAGCAGUAUACGUUGACCGAUGCAAGCUUUUCAGCAAAGAUUCCUUCAAGUGAGUCCUUCGAUAGCGCAGCUACUGUUCCCCUGGGAUUAGAUACUGCGCUGGUGGGCUUGUACGGAGAUCAAUUAGGAGCUGGGAUAACCCCUCCUUGGACGGAAAGUGUCGGUGAAUCAAAGACACCCAUCGUCAUACUGGGCGGCUCCUCCUCUGUGGGUUCAUACAAACUUGUCAAGGAUUACGGCGCAACCCACUUUUUUGACCGCAACCUUUCCGGAAAACAACUACUAGCGGCCAUCAGCAAAGUUACGGACGCUCCUAUCGAACUUGUCUAUGAUGCUAUCUCGUUGCCAGAAACACAGUCUGUUGCAUGGGAAUUGCUUGCAAACAAUGGCACCCUUGUAUUAACCCUGCCUGCAUCAGUCAAGGAAGAUGAAGGCAAAGGGCGCAAGGUCAUUCAGACCUUCGCAAGCCCACAUGCCCCUCAAAAUAAUGAAUUGUGUCAAAGCUCCUGGGCUAUGGUUGAAAAGUGGCUUUCAGAGGGUACUAUACGGCCGAACAAGUAUGAAGUCCUCCCGAACGGGCUUGAAGGUGUUAUCGGAGGAUUGGAAAGGAUGAAAUUGGGACAGGUGUCUGGCACGAAAUUGGUUGCUCACCCUCAGGAGACACAGUAGAUGCAGUGCUGUUUAUCCUGUUCCGCAUUCUAACGCACCUCAUAACAUUAUUUCCGCUGUUCAAAAUCAGAGUCGGCCUUUACCUGACAUUAUGCUGACGGAGUACGCGUUCACCUACUCAUCAUAUGCCUAAUCAUAUACACACAAUAGAUAAGUGUGAGUAAGUGUAUGGGGCUAUGUAAUACAGCCUCGGUGUAUACACAUCGACUCAGUGUUUCGUUUUGAAACUGUCUGAUGGGUGUGCAUUCAAUACGCUUAUGAAAUUCAUAUUGCUAGUACUGUCCGUUCAUCGCAAAUUGCGUCUUGGUAUAUGAGGUGUCAUGCCAGAUCAAUGUCGUGCAACUUCAUUUUUACCCACAGAUCACCAGUGCAGCUCAAAAGCGAUCACCUCUGGCUCCAAGGCAACAAACUGGAAAAUACAAA